CAAUAUCAUCGAGCCCUCGUUGUCUACAAGAAAAACACAGUUCACCAAAACACCAGAGUAAACCACCUGAAUCAUUUGCAGAAGUGACUUUCUUUCAGGACUCCAAAGGUUAAAAACCCACCAGGACCCUCACCUCACCAUCACCCACCAGAAAUAACCUUGAAGUCAUUACCACCAUGACCCGCAGGACCUUGUGACUAUUCCAAAACCUAAGCAACAUGUCGUCGUCUCAGAUGGAUCCUCAAAAAGCUGAAACAGUGUUGUCCAAUUCUGCAGAACCUGCAGCGAUCCGAACAGAUCUUGAGGAUGUGCUUGCCCCUGUGAAACCACCGACGUCUGCAGAGGUCCCCACCGGGGACCGCGAGUCCGCAAAGUCCCCAGCCAUCAUCACGAACCCACCACCAAAUCGUCCAACGUCAGAUCCCUCGUCUCCACCUCCUAAGUCAUCAAUAAGCCUGAAUACCACGUCGACUGAGAUUUCUAACCUGUCCCUGAUGUCCCCUCUUCAAUCAGCAUCUCCAAGCGUUCCUGGGAGGCCUGAGGCUAAGACUCUAGAUGGUGACCUUUGGGUAAAGCUUGAGGAGAAUAAGAGUCCUAGUAUUGCCAGGCCUCAGGGUGAGAAAGGCAACAGAGCAUUUUCUCCUGGAAAAUUAGAAGGGAAUUCUGGCGGGACUAGUCCUAAAAGGCCACCUGCUUCCCAAAAGCCCCAAGUGCCUCCAGUACCACCUCAAGAUCUCCAAGUUCCGGUGGAUCCAGACCCUCGCCUGGUGACCCCAGUCACCAAACCCCUGAACCCCGAAUCUGAAGGAGACACGUACGAUCCCCCAUCAAGGACACCAGUGUACCCUAGAGUCACUGGGUCGAGCCAGAAAGGAUCAGCAGCAAGCCCAAAGGCUCUGGCUCUCGACCAAACUCCCAUUUCGUUGAUAAACGAUCAGCACGAGGUGGAAUUGCUCCCCAGGAGGCACUCUGCGGACAAGAGGGGGUCGAAUCUCGGGGAUGUUCAGGACACUGUGACGAUUACCAAGGUUGCCAAGCGCUCGAAAGGCGCCGAUAGACCGAAGACACCGGUUCUGAGGCCCAGGACACCUGCAGAGCGAGCGAAAACGCCUGUUCUGCGGCCCAGGACUCCUGCGGAUCGACCGAAGACGCCGGUUCUGAGGCCCAGAACUCCGGUGGACAGGCCCAAGACACCAGUGACGAGGUCUAAGACACCUAUUGAACGACCCAUGACCCCAGUGGACAGGCCUGCUACUCCUGGGGUGAAGACUGACAUGCGACGGAGGAGACGGAGGAACUCCAGAGAUGAGUUCUGCUGGAAGUGCCAUAAGGAUGAGGUGGAGAUUGCGUGCAGCACUUGCGUCAGAUCCUGGCACAAAAAAUGCAUCGGGGGUGGUCCCCCAUCCUCUCCAUCGGACUGGAUUUGUGGCGAGUGUGCGAGCAUCCUAAAAGCGGAAAACGCGUCUACUCGCUCCCCCCUGAUGUUCAACCUGACGAUGGAUCAGCUUUGCAUGGUUCUCAAGCACAUAAUCCUGAAGAUGAAGCGUGUCACCGGCUCAGAGGAGUUCUCAACGCCAGUGGACCUUACCGACAUAACAAACUAUCUCGAUUACAUCGUGAAGCCGAUGGACCUCACCCUCCUGGAGACGAACAUUCGGUCCAAGGAGUACGGCAGCCCCGACGCCUUCAUGGCGGACGCCAAGUGGAUCCUCCACAACUGCCUGGUGUACAAUACCGAGGGUGGCAAGUACACGGACACAUCUAAACUGACAACAGUAGCAAAAGGUCUGAUAAAAGUCGCCCGAGAAGAGUUGUCAGAGCUGGAAUCCUGUCCCACGUGCUACAUAAGAGGAAGACACCUUGGUCGACCGCACUACACAUGGUUCAGCGACUCCUGCAAGCCCCCACACCUCCUCGUCUGGGCGAAGCUCAAGGGUUUCCCCUACUGGCCAGCUAAGAUAAUGCCUAGAUGGAAUCAGCAGGGCUUCGUGGACGUUCGGUUCUUCGGGGAGCACAAUCGUGCCUGGGUGUCCCCUAAGGACAUCUACCUGUACUCCAAGGAGCCGCCAACAGCAACUCCCAAGUCCAAGAAAGAGGACAUCGCCGAGUGCCUGAGGGAAAUAUCAAUCCACAUAAAGCGCCUCAGCGAGACCUUCGGGAGGUUCGAGCACGCGCCCCCGAAGACCUCCUUCAACCCCUUCGACUCCCACCAGAUAACGAUGCUCCUCCCUGAUUACGAGCCCCCAGCGGGCGACUACUACAGGCUGCCCAAGAGGCGACCCAUCAGGGGAAAGAAGAGGAGGUGGGACUUAACCGGUGACACCAGUAGCGAGGCUUAUUUCCAUUCCGAUGCUGAGACACUCGCUGACUUCAACGAGGGUGAGGAUGAUGAGGAUGAGGAGGUCAAGGGGAGGGAGACACCCAGGAUGAGGGGCUCCAGGAGGCCGGAGACACCGGGACUGCCUGAAGCCUCGAUUCCGGGAAAACGAUCUGGGACGAGUAUCUCAAGGACACUCCCUUUGAAGAGGAACUCCAGAGGUAGUGCUGGCGUCAGGAGGGGGGAGAGACGCAGGACGACGGGGGAUAUUGAAAGGGAAGAGGAUGAGAGGGUCAGGCCGACGAGGCAGAUGCCCGAGAGGCUCAACCGGGAAGGGGUGGUCAUUAACAAGAGGCCGAGGGAGCCCUCCACGAGUGGACGGUCUCAGGAGGAUUCUAAAGAGGAGGGGGAGGAGAAGGGGAAGGCCGACGAGGUGGUGAGGCACAGGGCGAAGAAGAGCUUUCCGAAUAAACCACCAGCGAUGGGGGGAGGGAAAGAGGGAGGACUGACCACGAUGAAGAUGGAGGGAUCCUGGUGGGGGGCACCUGCAGAAGCUGGACCCUUGAGUGCGAUCCUUAACAGGGGGGCUGAUACUCUUGCCAAGCAAAUGGCAGUUAUCAUCGAGGAGGGCAUCAAAAUGGCCGCCCAGGGGAAGGGGGUGCUGGCCGGAGGUGUCUCCAUGGAGCAGGCGUUGGCCUUCGAUAUGAAACUCAGAAUGGAGAGGAUGAAGUGGGAACACGAGCAAGAGAUUGCUGAGGUCAAACGAAAUUCAGAAAAAGAAUGGAAAGAACUGAAAACAGCUAUAGAAGCCGAACACCUGCGGUCCAUCGAAGAGAUCCAGCAAUCGGCAGAACUUGAAAAAAAUCGGUGUAUUCGUGCAACGAAACAGAAGCAGUGGUGCAACAGUUGCCAGAAAGAAUCGUGCAUGUACUGCUGUUGGAACACCUCCUACUGCAGUGAAAGCUGCCAGAUUAAAGACUGGGGACAACACCAGAACAAAUGCAAACGAAAGAAUAGAGAAGGUGCCAACAAAGCAUCAAAAGCCCCGGUAACUGGUGGUAACCGGGUUAAUGGCGAUAAGGAGCAGCCAGAGGUGGUCUCCAAGGGAAUCAGUGGUCAGAGCAAUUUCUCAUACAGUCGUGGCGCUUGAUUUUUUUUGUUCUUCUAUGUGCUCUUCUUAUGACUGACUAAUUGUGUACACAAUUGAGUUUUUGACAAAAUUCAUUGCGACAAGUACCUAGUCUUUUCUGUCUGUAAUGAUGACCGGUAUGUUUUUUAAGUACGAAUGUCAUGCUUGUGGGGAAAAGAUUCAAUUCAAUUGAAUAAAAAUCGUUGAUUUUUUUUUUACAUACGUUGACGUUUUAUUAUUAAAUUGUGGAGGUACAUUUAUUUGGCUUUCUUGCUCUUGAUCUUUCGCAUGUAGAACUCGAGCUCCUUGCCUUCCAGAAUGUAACCGUCCGCUCUUCCACACUGACCUGGCCGACUUGCAACACAAGC